AUGGGGAAGCGCAAAUUAGGCGCAUUAGAAAAGGUCGAUGCUGAUCUAACAAACCUGCAGUACAAGAUUCGACGAGAUCCAAAAUCUUACGUUGAAGACUUCCGAAGUCAACAUCUUCAAUAUGAAAACCACCGUGAAAUUUUCAUGUCUGCGCCAUCUGCGGCUACCGAUACCGGCAUAAUAUCUCUUAUUGACCUGAUUGAUUUCGUUGCGCAUAUUGCAGACUGUUAUCCGGGUAUUACGAAGGAUUUUCCGCAAGAGUUGAUUGAGAUUCUCUCUUUGCAUCAUGCUGUCCUCAGCCCAGAUUUGAGGGAGAAAAUCGUUGGGAGUUUGGUGCUUUUAAAAAGAAAAGAGAUUAUUGAUUCGUCAACAACGAUCCAAACCGUCUUGUUUAACCUUGUGACCUCUGACCGGACUUCUGCAAAGGCUCUCUGGUCCGUUAAAAUCACUAGAGAACUAUGGAAGCGCCAGAUAUGGACCGAAUCCAAAGCCGUGGAAAUCAUGAAAGAAGCUGCGCUGGCAGACAACGAAAAAGUCAUCAUCGGCGGUGUGCGGUUCUUCCUCGGCGGUGAUAAGGAGCGAGAGGAACUUGAGGAUGAGAGCAGUGAUGACGAUGCUGUGGACGUGAACAAAGUGAAACAUCAAGCUACCAUCAACAAGGGAUCUAAGAAGCGGGCCAAGGCUAUCGAAAAGGCGAAAGCUAUUGUGAAAAAGAAAGAGAAGAAGAAGAACCAGCCUCAUCCGUUGAAUUUCUCGGCUCUACAUCUUCUGCACGAUCCCCAGGGCUUUGCAGAGAACUUGUUCCAGAAGCACCUACAAAAUACAAAGGCCAAACUGAACCUUGAACAGAAGCUACUGGUGUUGCAACUUGUCUCCCGACUCGUUGGUCUACACAAGCUUACCAUAAUCCAGCUCUACUCUUACUUCUUGAAGUAUCUUACUCCAAAACAGCCGUCCGUUACCUCGUUCUUGGCCUCCCUUGCGCAGUCUUGCCAUUCGCUCGUUCCUCCAGAUACCCUUGAGCCACUCAUCCAGAAGAUUGCAAAUGAGUUCGUUUCCGAGGGAUCUGCCGCAGAGGUUGCCUCCGCUGGUCUAAACGCCAUCAGAGAAAUAUGUGUUCGACAACCUCUGGCGAUGAACGAUACUCUUCUACAAGAUCUCGUGAUGUAUAAGAAGAGUAAAGACAAGGGUGUCAUGAUGGCGGCGAAGGGGCUGUUGAGCUUAUACAGAGAAGUUGGCGCAGAGAAGCUGAAGAGGAGAGAUCGUGGCAAAGAUGCAGCCAUGGGCUUAAAGGUUGGCGAGCGGAAGUCACAACGAUACGGUGAAGAGGAGGUUGGUGAAAUCGAAGGUCUCGAGCUACUUGAAAAAUGGAAGGAAGAAGAGAGGAGGAAGAACAGGAGGGAGAACGGUCUGCCGUCUGAUGGAGAGAGUGAUGAAGAUGAGGAGAACGAGAAUGACUGGGCGGCGUGGAACAUGGAAGAGGAUGACAGCGAUGACUCUGGAGGUUGGAUCGAUGUUCAAAGCGACGUCGAUAUCGUCUUUAGCGACUCCGAGGACGAAGGGCCAACGAACAAGAAGGCCAAAACCAACGAUGCCGCCAAAGCCGACGGUGAGAAACCAGCCGAAGAGGCAGAGGUCAAGAAGGUAUCACGCCUUGCAACGAGCAGAAUUCUCACGCCUGCCGACCUGGCGAAACUGGCUGAACUACGAGCUGCAGCCAGCGUGAACGCUCUGCUCCCCGAAAACAAGCGCAAGAGACUCCUACAACAGGCUGCUGCAAACAGACACGCCGAUGAUCCUCUUACUGCUGCUGAGAUCGAGGGCCUCGCUGCCCUUUCAGCCGGAAAGCAGACUCGCUUGGAGAAGAUUGCCCAUGUGAACGAGACCAAGACUGAUCGGUCGGAGUUCAAGAGCAAGCUCGCUCGCAAGAAGGAGACCAAGGACAACCUGGGCAAGAGUUCGACGAACAAGGAGAAGGCUAGGAAGAAGAACUUCCUGAUGACGCUUGGAAAGGCAAAGGCGAAGGGGAAGCGAAGUCUUGUUGAGACGCGGGCUUCACUGAAGGCGCAUCACGAACGGAAUAAGAGAGGAGGGAAGAGAGGGAACCAGGGCAGUGCUAACCACGACCUGAGUCUCAACAUGGCUCCUCAUAAAACUACAACCGCCUCAUCCUCCAAGAAACGCAGAUUUCAGAUCCCGAUUACACAAUAUUUCUCCCCCUCGCCUUCGCAGCCGUCCGAAAACGAGCCCUCUUCACACUAUAACUACAAUGCGCCCACACACACACCUCACCCUACGUUACCUCCCACCAUACAAUCAUCUCUUCUAAGCGUUGGCAUGCGAGUUCGAAAAGCUGUGCCUGAGGGAUAUCGGACCAAAAUCACGGCCAAGACUACCUAUUAUCAGUCCAAGCCUACACCACAGAGCGACGAAAGAUGUUCAUUAACGACUGCCGCGUACUCCGAACUUAUCCCCUUCAGCGGCGCAUUUAAGGUCGGAAACUACGGAGUGCAAUCUUUCCCCAGGCCUCCGUCCUCUUAUACAGUCACAACGGAGUCAACAAUGGCCGGAAGACAGCUGGACGAAGAAUCACUUCCAUCAAGCAGCCAAGGUUCCACACAGUCCAUUGAUUCCUUUAUUCUCUCGAAACCCAAUCCGUAUAAACGAGGAUUCGAAAUCGAGGAAGACGACGACGAUUUCGAUGGCCAAGAUUCUGAGCGGAAACUCAAAACAAUGAGAUCCCAAGCACUAUCUGCAUCCUCACUCUGUGCUUCAACGCUGAAAGGGGACCGGGAACAGGAAAAUUGGGAUCCAGCAUAUACUCUCAACGGCAACGAAAAUGGAGACUUUGAAGAGGCUGCAUUUCUGAGGAGGCGAGAAGAUGUUGAUGAGACCUACCUACGCGGCGCGCGGGAGGUCCGAAUGGGCGGGGUUUAA